GGAACUGUAAAACAAGGACGUGAAAUAUUAUUCAAAUUCACCCCACAAUAGUAUUGACCCCCGACAAUCGUGUUAAUACUAUGGGUAAUUUUACAACAGAAUCAGUGACUAAAUAUUCAUUGUAUUUCCCAUCUCAAUUAAACUAUACAAUGAAUAUUUAUUCAUCUUAAUUAGAUCACAUUGCCCUUUAUACUCAUGAAUUGUAAUGAUUUAAUGAAUUAUACAGAAUGAACUGUGCGUGUAUCUUCCCUCCAGUGUGAAGGGCCAGAGAGUAAUGUCUCCAUACAGCAUUAAUCAUUUACCCCAAUGACUCUGUCUAUGGUCAGCAUUAUUACUCAGCAGGCCAGAUUCCAGCUCUGACUUUGCCCUAACUCCCUGGGAAAGAGCAGGAAAACAGGCCAGAGAGAGCACUGCCUUGGGAUUAUCUUCCUGGGCUCUGUCUGGAUGGCACCUGCCAUGUGUCCUGGGGGCCAAAGGCUCUCUGCCGGCCUCUGAAGAAAACUACAGAAUGUAGUAGAGAUGUCAUGGCUUGCAGACAGCUGUGACAUAGUCUGUCUGCCUAAGUGUAACUUCUUCCCUCGGCCUCCUCCUCUGCUGAGCUACAAGGCAGCCCGCAGGCACAUCUACUAGGAAGGGAACAGUUGGGCAUCUUUGCUUCCUUCUGUUUCCAAAAUGUCAUGGACCAUCCUCUGUCCAAGGUAUAUAUGGCCUAUAAAUAAGUUGACCAUACAUCCCAAUUUGUUUGGGACAAUCUCAUCCUGCAGCUGGGGACCAGGCAUAAUUAUUAAAAGCCUACCCAUCACUGUCAGAAAUGUUCCAGCUGAGUCAAUAAACCAUAUGGCGACCCCACUUAUAAGGCAUACAAUGGCUUCACCUUCACAACCUGGAUGCCUAUCUACAUGUAUGCUGAUCUGCACAUUGAACCCAAAGAAGAAAAACACAGACUUCCCAUCUUCCCAGACAGAGUGAUGAAGAUUCCUCGAGCAGUUCCUAUUCUCAAGAUGGAUGAACCAUCUUCAAGUACCGCUCUAGCUCAGUAUGACAGUGACUCCAAAAAAAACUGUGGCUCCCAGUCAAACGUCAACAUGUGGUAUGUGCCAAGAGAAGACUGCCCUGACUGGUGGCAAGUAAGAAGACUGAAAAGCAGUGAAGAUUUGGCAUGCAGUAACCAAAGGGAAAGAAAUGUUGUAGAUCACAGCACCUUAAAGAUGUCAUGGGGAUCCCCUGAGUCAAGUUCAUCUGAAGAAGAGGAAAACCUUGAUGACUAUGACUGGUUUGCAGGUAACAUCUCCAGGUCACAAUCUGAGCAGUUACUGAGACAAAAGGGAAAAGAAGGAGCAUUUAUGGUUAGAAAUUCCAGCCAGGCGGGAAUGUACACAGUGUCCUUGUUUAGUAAGGCUAUGAAUGAUAAAAAAGGAACCGUCAAACAUUACCAUGUGCAUACAAAUGCCGAGAACAAAUUGUACCUGGCAGAAAACUACUGUUUUGAUUCCAUUCCAAAGCUUAUUCACUAUCAUCAACACAAUUCAGCAGGCAUGAUCACACGACUCCGCCACCCUGUGUCAACCAAGGCCAACAAGGUUCCCAUCUCCGUGUCCUUGGGAAGUGGAAUCUGGGAACUGAAAAGAGAAGAGAUUACCCUGUUGAAGGAGCUGGGAAGUGGCCAGUUUGGAGUGGUCCAUCUGGGCAAGUGGAAGGGGCAGUAUGAUGUUGCUGUUAAGAUGAUCAAGGAGGGCUCCAUGUCAGAAGAUGAAUUCUUCCAGGAGGCCCAGACCAUGAUGAAACUCAACCAUCCCAAGCUGGUGAAAUUCUACGGGGUGUGUUCAAAGAGAUACCCUAUAUACAUAGUGACUGAAUAUAUAACCAAUGGCUGCUUGCUGAGUUACCUGAAGAGUCAUGGGAAAAGACUUGAGCCCUCCCAGCUCUUAGAAAUGUGCUAUGAUGUUUGUGAAGGCAUGGCCUUCUUGGAGAGCCACCAGUUCAUACACCGGGACUUGGCUGCUCGGAACUGCUUGGUAGACAGUGACCUCUCUGUGAAGGUUUCUGACUUUGGGAUGACGAGGUAUGUUCUUGAUGACCAGUAUGUCAGUUCGGUAGGAACAAAGUUUCCCGUCAAGUGGUCAGCCCCAGAGGUGUUUCACUACUUCAAAUACAGCAGCAAGUCAGACGUAUGGGCGUUCGGGAUCCUGAUGUGGGAAGUGUUCAGCCUGGGGAAGCAGCCCUAUGACUUGUACGACAACUCGCAGGUGGUCGUGAAGGUCUCCCAGGGCCACCGGCUCUACCGGCCCCAGCUGGCGUCGGACACCGUCUACGAGGUCAUGUACCGCUGCUGGCAUGAGCUUCCAGAAAAGCGUCCCACAUUUCAGCAACUCCUAUCUUCCAUUGAACCACUUCGGGAAAAAGACAAACCUUGAAGAAGAAAUGAGAAGUUCUGAUGAGAGUGAGUGUAAAUGUUGGCCAACAUUUUCAUUCUUUUUAAGGGAUGUAGCAAAGCACAGACAUUGUAAUUUAGCUAGUUCUUCUUAAGGGUAUUUUGUGUGCUGUUUGUUCUAUUAUCUAGAAAUGAACAAGGUAGAAAACAAAAGAUUUCCUUGAAAUUUAGGUCAAAUUAGUAAUUUUGUUUAUGCUGCUCUUAAUAUUAUACUUCCCAGCCUAUAGCAGAAGCACAUCUUCUGAUUGAUUGCAAAAUAGAGAGGGUGUGUACCAUGUGUAAAGAUUGAACAGAAUUGAAAAAUUGUUGGAUAUUUGUUCUUUUCUUAAUAUCACCACUAUCAUGAUAAUUAAAUAUGCUAUUAGCAAGUAUGGAAAUUGUGACACUUGCCUUCAUGUUUCAAUGUUCUCAAUCUUUAGCAUGUAUGAGAAUCAAAUGGAGAGUUUAUUAAAACACAGGUUCCUUAGGAGCUACCCCAGAGAUUCUGGUACAGCAGGUCUGAGUGCAGCCUAAGAAUUUGUAUUUUUAACAAGCUCCCAGAUGUUUCUGUGCAGUCAGUCCGAACUGCCCUAGGGGACCUCAUUAUGUAGUGGGCACCGUUAGGUGGUCCAUAAUUCAAUCCAAAUGAUACAAUUCUCAUUUGAUAUCCAAAUCAGGAAAGUGAAUUCAUGCCAUUAUGUACACAAAUAUAAAACUAAAGUUAAAUAACAUAAUUCAAUAAUAUACUAUGUAUCACAUAGAGACAAUUUUUAAAGAUGCUAAGGUAUAACUUGAUGCCUUUUUCCUUACAGUUAACUAUUUUCAAUUUCAACUCAAGUAUAACCACGAUCUUGUAUUAGAUUGUUGCUUUCUACAGUACUCCCCCCUUAUCUGCAGGGGAUACAUUCCAAGACCCCCAGUGGAUGUCUGAAACCGAGGAUAAUACCAAACCCCAUAUAUACUAUGUUUUUCCUAUACAUACAUACCUAUGAUCAAGUUUAAUUUAUAAAUUAGGCACAGUAAGAGAUCAACAGCAAUAACUAAUAAUAAAAUAGAACAAUUAUAACAGAAUACUGUAAUAAAAGUUAUG